GAGACCAGGGGGGGAUGUUCCACAGCUUCCACAGGUUCCACCAUCCUGGAUUUACAAACCAUUUCGAGGAUAUUUCAGGACGAACGCGACAUUUUUUUUGUGUGUGUGUGUGUGGAUUUUUAUUAUUUUCAAGCAGCACCGGACACUGUGGGAGUUAAGCUAACAUCCGGAAACCCUGCUCACCACCGAGAGAAGUUCGAGCCCCUCAUGAUUCAACGCCAUUUUCACCUGAGUGGCUGAAUAUUCAAGGAACAAACAAUGGAUCCAAACCUGUAUGGAGGCGUCCCCAGGUUUCUGACUCGCCCAAAGGCGUUCUCGGUGUGUGCAGGCAAAGAUGCCACCCUCAGCUGCACCAUCGUGGGCAGUCCGACCCCACUGAUCACCUGGGAGAAGGACAAGUUGAAGCUGACGUCUGGGGGGCGCUUCAAGACAGUGGAGGAUGGAGACGUGUACCGCUUGACCAUCUACGACUUAACGCUGGAGGAUGGCGGACAGUUCAUGUGCCGGGCCAAAAACAGCGUUGGGGAAGCUUAUGCUGCGGUAACCGUUAAAGUGGCACUGCCUACAGAGAUGGCUCCGAGGGCCCCCGUGUUCAUGAUGAAGCCCACCUCUGCACGUGUAGGUCUGGGAGGCGAUGUUGUUUUCCACUGCCGGGUUGCAGCUCACCCUGAGGCCAACUUUGACUGGGAAAAGGACGGGCGCUACCUUGGGGAGUCAAACCGCAUCAAGAUCAUCUCUGACUCCGAUGGCAGCACUUUGAAGAUCCAAAGCCUACGAAACCUGGACAGCGGCACCUACACCUGCAGAGCCAAGAACACUGUUGGCCGUGCACACGCUGCCGCAGCUCUCGUCGUAGAUGCCCAGGAUUCCCAUUAUCAGUCUGCGGAUAAGAACACCUCCCUCCUCUCUCACCUCCAGAAGCGCAAAGAGGAAAUGAAUAAGGACAUCUCCAUCUAUCGCACUGAGGAGAAGAGCUCCUCUGUUUCUUCUUCUACCACAGAUGGUUUCAGUUCUCUGAGUCUGGAACAUGCGCUGAGGGCAUCUGCGCUGGCAAAGCUGCCCAAAGGUGUAUUCACCCGAACCUGCACCGUGACUGAGGGCAAACACGCCAAGCUUAGCUGCUUUGUGACGGGUCACCCGAAACCCCACAUUAUCUGGAGGAAGGAUGGAAUGAACAUCGGUGAAGGCCGCAGGCAUGUCAUUUAUGAGGACCAGGCCGAGAACUUCAUCCUGAAGGUCCUGUACUGCAAGCAGACUGAUAAUGGUCUCUACACCUGCAAUGCAACCAAUAUGGCUGGGCAGACCUACAGUGCUGUGUUGGUGACAGUCAAAGAGCCCAAAGUGCCGUUCAGGAGGAAGUUGCAGGACAUGGAGGUCCAGGAGAAAACAUCAGCCACACUGAUGUGUGAGGUGCCUGUUGUUGCCACCCAUGCCCACUGGUUCAUGGAGGAAACGAUGCUGGAGCAAAAUACCAAAUAUCGCAUGGAGGAGGAGGGCACCCUGCGCCGUCUCACCAUUCACAAUGUCACCACCAACGAUGACGGUGUUUAUAUCUGCGAGAUGAAGGAAGGCAGUCGCACGGUGGCCGAGCUCACUGUUCUGGGCAAUAUUACCAAGAAGCUCCCCCGGCGGACGGUGGUUCCUGUCAGCGAUACGGUCAUUUUCUGUGUCGAGCUGGAGCAUCCCUACCCGGAUGCCUACUGGACCCGCAAAGGGGAGAAGCUGAAGGAAGAGUCCCGGAUUUCCAUAGCCUGUGUGCUGAGACAGUACACGCUCACCAUUAGAGACUGCCAGGCUGAAGACUCAGGUGAAAUCGCCUUUGUGGCUGGAGACUGCAAGACGUCCACUCGAUUCACUGUCACUGCUGCUAGGAAGCAUCCCCCCGAUCCCCCAGUCAAUGCUGUGGUGCUGAACAAGACUGACUCUUCCAUCACCAUUCAGUGGUCUCCUCCUGACAGCGAUCGCCCAGUUCCCAUUAAGUGCUACAUCGUGGAGAGGAGGAAGGUUGGCACUCAGACCUGGCAGAGGUGCAACGCUGGAGAAACCAUUGUUUCCACAGAGAUCACCAUCUGCAACUUCACAGAAGAGUCCAGCUUCCAAUUCCGUAUCUCUGCCAUGAAUGACUUUGGCCAGAGCCCCUACCUGGAGGUGCCUGGAAGCUUCUACCUUGAACCCUCUGCAGAGAUAAGGAAAGGCCUGAUGGACACCACUGCAAACUCUGGCGAGGAGUUCUCUAUCACCAUCGAGUUGUCUGCUGUUUGUUCUGGUUACUGGUACAUUAAUGGCCGCGUCUUGCGUAGCGGAGCUGACUACCUCAUCACCAAGUCCAAGACCACACACACUCUGCUCUUCCGUGUUAUGACCAUGGAAUUGAAUGGAGCUGAAGUCAAGUUUGUUGGUGGAGGCUCACAAAGCAGUUGCAUCUUAUCUGUGAAAGCCCCUCGUGUUAGGUUCAUAAACAAGUCCGAUCUGACAGAGGUGGUGACCUGCACUGCCCAAUCCACUGCUCAGCUGACUGCUGAGGUGUCGGAUUACGAAACGCAGGUGGUUUGGAUGAAGAACGGGCGAGAGGUGAAAAUGGGAAAGAAGUAUGAAUAUGUCACCAUUGACCGCAAGAGGAUCCUGACGGUACACAAUGUUACUGAAGAGGAUGUGGGCAUCUAUGAGUGUGUUUUAGCUGAGGACAAGAUGUCCCUGCAACUCUCUCUUAAAGAUGAACCUGCCAAGUUCUUGAACAAGGCCAGAGGUGCCAUGGGAAUGUCAUCUUCCCUUAAAGGAGAUCUUGAGCUGACCUGCGAGGUUUCUACUGCCAGCGCUGUCGUUGUGUGGAGAAAAGAUCAGGUGGAGAUCACUGAGGACCAAAGAACUGCCAUGGUCUCCAAAGGGACUCAAAGGAAACUCGUCAUCAAGAACGCCAAGAAAAGUGACGAAGGACAUUACUCCUGUGAGACGGCAGCAGACAAAGUCACAUUCCAGGUCAAGAUAAAAGAAACUCAAGCCGUUGCUGCCUUCUCCAACAAAGAGUCAGUCCAGAAAGAGGUGAAGGCCACUCUCUCGCAGAAAGCAACUCUUAGUUGCAAUGUGUCUGAUAGCAAGGCAGAGGUCAAAUGGUAUAAAGAUGGCAAGCAGCUGAUAUCCAGCAGGACCAUAUACUCAGAAAUAACAGGCACUGCUCGUCAGCUGGUGUUUGAAAAGGUGGAGAAGAGUGAUGCUGGAGAAUACACCUGUGAAGCUGGCGGGGAUAAGCUGGUCUUCAAGAUAUCUGUUUCAGAGGCCCAGGCAGCCUUCUUCAACAAAGAGUCUGUUCAGAAGGAGGUGAAAGCUACUCUCUCCCAGAAGGCUAUUUUAAGCUGUGAGGUAGCUGAUAGCAAGACAGAGGUGAAGUGGUACAAGGAGGCCAAGCUGCUGACCUCGAGCAAGACAAUCCAUGCAGAGUCGAAAGGCCAGAGUCGCCAGCUGGUUAUCGACAGUGUGGAGAAGAAGGAUGCUGGAGAGUACAUCUGUGAAGCCGGGACAGAAAAGCUUGCUUUUAAGAUUCAGGUGGAAGAGCCGAAGUCAUUCUUCUCAAACAAGGAGUCUGUUCAGAAGCAGGUGAAAGCGACGUUCUCCCAGAAAACCACUCUGAGCUGUGAGGUUUCUGAUUCCAAGACAGAGGUGAAGUGGUACAAGGACGGCAAGCUGCUGACUUCUUGCAAGACUAUUCAUACAGAGUCUAAGGGCAAAAGUCGAACGCUGGUGAUCGACAGCGCUGAGAAGAAGGAUGCUGGAGAGUACAUAUGUGAAGCCGGGACAGAGAAGCUUGCUUUUAAGAUUCAGGUGGAAGAGCCGAAGUCAUUCUUCUCCAACAAGGAGUCUGUUCAGAAGGAGGUGAAAGCGACGUUCUCCCAGAAAACCACUCUGAGCUGUGAGGUUUCUGAUUCCAAGACAGAGGUGAAGUGGUACAAGGACGGCAAGCUGCUGACUUCUAGCAAGACUAUUCAUACAGAGUCCAAGGGCAAAAGUCGCACACUGGUGAUCGACAGCAUUGAGAAGAAGGAUGCUGGAGAGUACAUGUGUGAGGCUUGGACUGAGAAGUUGGUUUUCAAACUCCAGGUUCCAGACACACAGAUUCAAUCUGCAUUCUCUAACAAAGACUCAGUCCAGAAGGAGGUGAAAGCCACUGUCUCACAGAAAGCCAUUUUAAGCUGUGAGGUAGCUGAUACGAAGACAGAAGUAAAAUGGUACAAGGAUGGAAAGGUCCUCACUUCAAGCAAGACCAUCAAUGCAGUGUCAAAGGGCAAGAGUCGCCAGCUGGUGAUCGACAGCGUGGAGAAGAAGGAUGCUGGAGAAUACAUCUGUGAGGCUGGGACUGAGAAGUUGGCCUUUAAGAUUCAGGUGGCAGAGAUUCAAGCCAAAUCGGCCUUCUCCAAAAAGGAAUCAGUCCAAAAGGAGGUGAAAGCCUCUCUCUCACAGAAAACCAUUUUAAGCUGUGAGGUAGCUGAUACCAAGACAGAGGUGAAAUGGUUCAGGGAUGGCAAGCUGCUGACCUCCAGCAAAACAGUUCAUGCAGAGUCAAAAGGCCUGAGUCGCCAGCUGGUGAUCGACAGCGUGGAGAAGAAGGAUGCUGGAGAGUACAUCUGUGAGGCUGGGACAGAAAAGCUGGCCUUUAAGAUUCAGGUUGCAGAAGCCCCGGCUGGCUUCUCGAACAAGGACUCUGUCCAGAACGAGGUGAAAGUUACUCUCUUCCAGAAAGCCACCUUGAGCUGUGAGGUUUCUGAUUCUAAGACAGACGUGAAGUGGUACAAGGACGGCAAGCUGCUGACUUCCAGCAAAGCAGUUCACAUGGAGUCAAAGGGAAAGAGUCGGGAGCUGGUGAUUGAAAAAAUAGAGAAAAAAGAUGCUGGAGAAUACACCUGUGAGACUGGAACAGAGAAGCUGGUAUUUAGGCUGCAUGUGACAGAAGAAGCUGUCAAGUUCCAGAAGAAGUCUGUCAAAGACACAUGUAUUGUUCAAGCAAGUGAAAACAUUGUUUUGACCACUGAGCUGACCUCGGAGAGUGGAAGUGUGAAGUGGUUGAAAGACGGUGUGGAGAUCAAAGAGGGCAGAAAGUAUGAAAUGAAAAAAGAUGGACAUUGUCGUACCUUGAUAGUAAAUUCCACCGAAACUAAAGACAGCGGAACGUACUCCUGUCAAACUGCUCAUGACAAACAGGAGUUCAAAGUUCAGGUCAAAGAGUCAGCUUUGAAGUUUGUUGUCCCCCUGAAGUCUGCCGAUGUGGAGUUGGGUGGGACACUUAGUCUGAUGUGUGAGCUCAAUCAAGCCUCAGGCGAUGUUGUCUGGCACCAUAAUGGUCGUGAGAUUAAACCUGGAGGAAGGCACUGUGUCAGGACAGAUGGUGCUAAGCGGGUCCUCACUGUGACUGACAUGACGAAGGAAGAUGAAGGAGACUACAGCUGUGAAUGUCGAAAUGACAAGACCUCUGCCAAAAUCUCCUCUAAAGAGCCCAGAGUAGUGAGGCUGACUACUAAACUCAACAAUGUGGCUGCAAUGGAGGGAAAAGACGCCAUCUUCAAGUGCGCUGCCACCCCAGCAGACAUCAAUGUCAAGUGGUUCCACAACAGCAUACCCAUCACGGCCGGGCUAAAGUAUAAGAUAGAGCACGGUGGCAACACUCACUCACUCACCAUAACCUCUGUCACCCAAAAAGAUGCUGGAGAGAUUAGCGUUGAUGCAGAAGGGAAAAGCUGCAAAGCUACUUUACAAGUGCAACAUGAACCUGUAACCUUUAAGAAAAAGCUGGAAAACCUGACAGUGGAUGAGCAGAGUGAAGUGAAGAUGGAGGUGGAGCUCAGUAAGAAAUCAGAUGAAGUCAGGUGGAUGAAGAACAGCAUCGUGUUGCAGGCUGCAGGAAACCUGGAGAUUCGGGUUGAUGGAGCCAAGCAGGCUCUGGUCUUUAAGAGCGUGACUCAUGGUGAUCGUGGCAUCUACUCCUGUGAAACUCUGGAUGACAAGACCCAGGCCAAGCUCACAGUAGAAAUGAAGAAGAUCCAGGUAAUAAAGGGCCUUCCAGAAACCAAGGCACAUGAGACAGAGACAGUGACACUAGAGGUAGAGCUCAGUCAGGCUGAUGUUGAAGGCUCCUGGGCAAGGGAUGGGGCCAAGUUAAAGCCAGGGGCCAACUGUCGUAUCACAGCACUGGGAAAGAAGCACGCUCUUACCCUGUCCAAUCUUAAGAGAGACGAUGCAGGAACUAUUUCCUUCCAAGCUGAUGGGGUCCAUACUUCAGGCAAACUGAUUGUCACAGAACCGCCUGCUAUGGUCUCCACACCCAUUAUCGAUAUGAGGGUUCCUGAGAAGGAGAAAGUUACUUUUGAAUGUGAAGUGUCCAGAACAAAUGCUGAUGUUAAGUGGUUUAAGGAUGAUGUGGAACUGAAACCAGGGAAAAACUAUGGCAUCCAUUCGUUGGGCAGAAAGCGCACUUUGGUCAUCAGCAAAUGCACCCCUGCAGAUGCAGGCGUUUACGUCUGUCGCACCACCGAUGAUAACACCUCUGCCAAGCUCAUCGUUCAUGCCAGAGAUAUCAAGAUAAUUAAGAAACUGGAGGAUGUGGAGGUGAUGGAGAAGGAGAGUGCUGCAUUCGUCUGUGAAAUCUCACAUGAUGAAGUGGACUGUCAGUGGUACAAAGGAAGUACUAAAGUCAAAGUCAGUGACAACAUCAAGAUGAGACAAGAGGGCAGAACCUAUGUCCUGCUCUUUAAGUCGGUUUCCCCAGAGGAUAUGGGUGAAAUAAAAUUUACAGCUGAGAAGACCUCUUCAUCUGCAAAACUCAAAGUGAAAGAGCUGCCCGUCAAGUUUGUGAAGAGACUCAGGGAUAAGAUAGCGAUGUUUAAGCAUCGUGGUUAUCUCGAAUGCCAAGUGUCACGUGCCAGUGCACAGGUGAAGUGGUACAAGAACAAGACGGAAAUCAAACCAAGCAAGAAGCAUGAGAUCAGAAGUGAAGAUGUCUACCGAAAACUCACCAUCAAUGAUGUGGACACCGGGGAUGAAGACACAUAUACCUGCGACGCCACUGACGACCAGACGUCCUGUAAACUGCUUGUAGAAGAGCAGUCCAUCAGCAUUGUGCGGGAGCUUAGUUCAGUAGAAGUGACAGAGCCUUUCGCAGCUGUCUUUGAAGUUGAAAUCAGUAUGGAACUGGUGAAACCUCCCAUAUGGACUCUGAAUGGAGCUGCUGUGCAGGAGAGUGCAGAUGCUGAAAUGGAGAAAGAGGGCACGCUGCACCGUCUCACUUUCAAAAAGACCAAAGCAUCAAUGACAGGACCUGUGCAGUUUACAGCUGGGAAGAGCAAAUCUCUUGCCCAACUCACAGUAAAAGAGCGUCCACUUGAGAUUGCAGAGCCCAUUAAAGAUGUCAAGGCGAAGGAGAAAAGCUCUGCCCUGUUCUGCUGCAAGUUCUCCACGGCAGCCAAAGAGGUGAAUUGGUUUAAAGGUCAGGUGCUUCUGGCGGCAUCAGACAAGUACAACAUGAAGAAAGACGGCACAAGGGCUCAACUUACUAUUCAAGGGCUAACUGGAGAAGACGGCGGGGAGUACCGCUGUCAGUCCGGACCUGCUGAGACCAAAGGCACACUCACUGUCGAAGUGCGGGAAAUUAAGAUCACCAAGCACUUGAUCGACACAGAGGUUGAUGAAGACAGUGAUGCAGUGUUCACGUGUGAGAUUAACUAUGCAGAUGAAGAGGCACAGUGGCUUCUGAAAGACAAGGUGCUUCUCACUAAUGAAGUCAACACCAUCUCUCAUGAGGGGAAGGUUCACAAGCUGAUGCUGAAGAACAUGGCUCCUCAGGACGGGGGUACCAUCACCUUUCAAGUGCGCAAGGUGAAAGAGUCUGUUACACUCAAAGUGAAAGAGAAGCUUGCUGUGUUCCUCAAGUCUCUCGAUGAUGUCAUCGGAGAGGAGAAAGGCAUGAUAACUCUGACGUGUGAGGCAUCCAAGCCCAGGGUUUCACCUAUAUGGAGAAAAGAAGGUAAAGUCUUGAAGGCUGGACCCAAGUAUGAGCUCCUCCACACAGGCAAGUCUUUGGGCCUGAUCAUCAAGGAUGCCACCAAAGACGAUGCUGGGCAGUACAGUUGUGAUCUGGGAACUGAAGUUUCCAAGGCAAAGGUCACUGUCAGAGAGAUUGGCAUUGGAAUUACCAAAUGGCUGAAGUCUGCUGAGGUAAACGAGGGGGAGACAUGCAGCUUUGAGUGCAUCUUAUCUCGUGAGAACACAGAUGAGUGCUCGUGGACUCUGAAUGGCAAAGCCAUUUCAAACGGAGGCCGUUUCAAUGUCACCAAUAAAGGCCGCAAGUACAUGUUAAACAUCAAGGAUGUCACCCCUGCUGAUGCUGGCGAGGUGGUCUUCAACAUUAAAGACUUGAGCACUAAAACCACAUUAACAGUUGAAGGCAGAGCUUCAUCUGUGUCCAAAGGACUGCAGAAUGUUAGCGCUGUUCAAGGGGAAGAUGCUGUGUUUACCUGUGAGGUGACACAGGCUAGUUCCACUGUAAAGUGGGCCAAGGAAGGCAAAGCCAUCAAGAAGAGCCAGAAGUAUGACACCAGCCAAGAGGAUAAGGUCAUGAAGCUCACCAUCCAUAGUGUCUCUGCCCAAGACUCGGGAGAGUACAGCUGUGAAGUUGUUGGAGGUGCAACCACCAAAGCCCAACUGGAAAUUAAGGAGCCGAUCCAUAAAUUCACUGAAGUGCUAAAGGACAGCCAGGCGGACGAGAAGAGCUCUGUGACCUUGCAGUGUGAGACAGCUCAAAGCCCAUCCACAGUGAUCUGGCUUAAAGGGCACACAGAGCUCAAGGCAGGAGGUCGAUAUGAGAUGUCCCAGAAAGAGCGGGUCUUAACUCUCACCAUCAAACAGCUGGAGGAGAACGACACAGAUAUUUACACCUGUGAUGUGAUCACUGCUAAGAACAUGGCAAAGGUGACAGUCAAAGCCCUGCCUGCCACUUUUAAAGGAAAACUCAAGAACCAAGAUAAAAAAGAAGGGGAGACUGUGACACUUUGUUGCGAGUUAUCAAAACCUGCGACCGACAUUCAGUGGAAGAAAGGCUCUGAAAUUCUCAAAGCUGGAGAGAAGUAUGAGAUGAAGCAGAAGCAAACCGCUGUGGAACUUCAAAUCAAAGAUUUGAAGGUUGAAGAUAGUGGAGAGUACUCUUGUAUGUGUGUGGACCAGAAGACAUCUGCAUCUGUGAAAGUCAAUGCAUUACCACCGACCUUCAUACAGAAGUUGAAGACUCAGGAAGCUGAGGAGGGAGUAGAUAUUACUCUGAACUGUGAGCUCUCCAAACCUGGAGUCUCAGUGGAGUGGAAGAAGGGAAAUCAGGUCCUGAAGUCUGGAGAGAAGUACCAGAUGAAGCAGAAAGCCUCUGUGAAUGAACUGCUCAUCAACAAAGCGGUGCCAGAAGACAGUGGAGACUACAGCUGUGUGUGUGGAGACCAGAAGACCACAGCCAGUCUCACGAUCAAGGCCCAACCAGUGACCUUCAAACAGAAGCUGGAGAAUCAGGAAGCGGAGGAGGGAGCCAGCGUCACUCUGCACUGUGAGCUCUCCAAACCUGGAGUCUCAGUGGAGUGGAAGAAGGGAUCUCAGGUCCUGAAGUCUGGAGAGAAGUACCAGAUGAAGCAGAAAGCCUCUGUGAAUGAACUGCUCAUCAACACAGUGGUGCCAGAAGACACUGGAGACUACAGCUGUGUGUGUGGAGACCAGAAGACCACAGCUAGUGUCAAAAUCAAUGCCCAACCAGUGACCUUCAAACAGAAGCUAGAGACUCAAGAAGCAGAGGAGGGAGCCAGCGUCACUCUGCGCUGUGAGCUCUCCAAACCUGGAGUCUCAGUGGAGUGGAAGAAGGGAUCUCAGGUCCUGAAGUCUGGAGAGAAGUACCAGAUGAAGCAGAAAGCCUCUGUGAAUGAACUGCUCAUCAACACAGUGGUGCCAGAAGACACUGGAGACUACAGCUGUGUGUGUGGAGACCAGACAACCACAGCUAAUCUCAAGAUCAAGGCCCAACCAGUGACCUUCAAACAGAAGUUGGAGACUCAAGAAGCUGAGGAGGGAUCCAGCGUCACUCUGCACUGUGAGCUCUCCAAAUCUGGAGUCUCAGUGGAGUGGAAGAAGGGAACUCAGGUCCUGAAGUCUGGAGAGAAGUACCAGAUGAAGCAGAAAGCCUCUGUGAAUGAACUGCUCAUCAACAAAGUGGUGCCAGAAGACAGUGGAGACUACAGCUGUGUGUGUGGAGACCAGACAACCACAGCCAGUCUCACUAUCAAGGCCCAACCAGUGACCUUCAAACAGAAGUUGGAGACUCAGGAAGCUGAGGAGGGAGCCAGCGUCACUCUGCACUGUGAGCUCUCCAAACCUGGAGUCUCAGUGGAGUGGAAGAAGGGAUCUCAGGUGCUGAAGUCUGGAGAGAAGUACCAGAUGAAGCAGAAAGCCUCUGUGAAUGAACUGCUUAUCAACAAAGUGGUGCCAGAAGACACUGGAGACUACAGCUGUGUGUGUGGAGACCAGAAGACCACAGCCAGUCUCACAAUCAAGGCCCAACCAGUGACCUUCAAACAGAAGUUGGAGACUCAGGAAGCGCAGGAGGGAGCCAGUGUCACUCUGCACUGUGAGCUCUCCAAACCUGGAGUCCCGGUGGAGUGGAAGAAGGGAACUCAGGUCCUGAAGUCUGGAGAGAAGUACCAGAUGAAGCAGAAAGCCUGUGUGAAUGAAAUACUUCUCAACAAAGUGGUGCCAGAAGACACUGGAGACUACAGCUGUGUGUGUGGAGACCAGAAGACCACAGCCAGUCUGAAGAUCAAGGCCCAACCAGUGACCUUCAAACAGAAGUUAGAGACUCAAGAAGCAGAGGAGGGAGCCAGCGUCACUAUGCGCUGUGAGCUCUCCAAACCUGGAGUCUCAGUGGAGUGGAAGAAGGGAACUCAGGUCCUGAAGUCUGGAGAGAAGUACCAGAUGAAGCAGAAAGCCUCUGUGAAUGAACUGCUCAUCAACAAAGUGGUGCCAGAAGACAGUGGAGACUACAGCUGUGUGUGUGGAGACCAGAAGACCACAGCCAGUCUGAAGAUCAACGCUGUGACUGUGGUAACUACUGGGCAGACUCCUUCACUGCAGCUCCUCAAACAGGAGAUUCAGAGGGAUUCACAAGAGCUGAAAGUGGGAGGUGAAGUUGAGAAGACGCCUGCAGGAGUAUCUGUGAAACAAGAUACAGAGAAGCAGGGGACCAAAGAGCCAGUAAAAGUUACAACAGCGACGUCCUCAGCUUCAGCAGUGACGUCCAAAGCUGAAUCUGAGAAGCAGGAAUCCAAACAGAAAGUUAAAGAGGUCGAGAUUACCAUACUGAAAUUCUUGGAGAGCUCAGUUGUCUAUGAGGGGGAAGAUGUCCACUUUGAGUGUCUGCUCUCUCAUGAGGAGGCUCCUCUGGCCCAGUGGAAACUCCAGGAUGUCCCACUACAGAAUAAUGAAAUGAACCUGAUCAAGACUGAGAGCCGAGUACACAGCCUCACACUCAGAGGUGUCACCACAAAAGACUCAGGAACAGUUACUUUCACUGUGGGAAACCAAACUUCAACGGCUUCUCUCACAGUCAGAGCAGCUGUUCCAGUGUUAUUCAAGAAGGAGCUGGAAAGUCAAGAGGCCACAGAGGGAGGCAAAGUCACCCUGUCCUGCGAAACAUCCAGCCCUGAUUGCAAGGUAACCUGGCGCAAGGGCUCGUCUGAACUCGCCCACGGAGAGAAGUACACCAUUGAGCAGGGAGGAACCACUCACACCCUGGUUAUACACAAGCUGAAAGUGGAGGAUAGUGGAGAAUACACCAGCCAUGCAGGGGACAAGAAGAGCACUGCUACCCUGACUGUGAAAGACCGUGUGCGCAUCAUUCGAGAACUCUACGAUAUCACUGUCACCACUGGGCAGGAUGCAGUAUUUGAAGUUGAGCUGUCACACUCGGGCGUGACAAAUGGGGAAUGGUGGCUCGCAGACAACCUCCUCCAGAAUAAUGAUUUGAAUCAAAUGAGCAGCCAGGGCAGAGUGCAUCGUUUGACCCUGAAGAUGGUAACCACGGAGGAAUCAGGAGAUGUUGCCUUCGUAGUGGGAGAAGAGAAAACUGUGGCCUGUCUCCUGGUGGAGGAGAAACCCAAAGUGAAAAUCAUAGAGAAGCCGCACAACACUUUGGUAAUCGAGGGUGAAACUGUCACUCUGGCCUGCACCAUCUCUGACCCCAAGGCCACAGUCACCUGGAUCAGAAACAACGUGGCCAUCCAAGCAGGUCUCAAGUAUGACCUGAAGAAGAAAGGAGCUUUCCAUCAGCUUUGUAUCCUCAACGGGGUGCCUGAGGACUCAGGAGUGUACACGUGUGACACUGGAGAUGUACAAUGUGAGGUCACGGUGACCGUAGAAGGUGCCCCGGUGUUCUUCCGGAAAGAGCUUAAGAACGAGGAUGCCGUAGAGGGUGAUGAUUCUACCCUGCGCUGUGAGCUAUCUAAGCCAGGUGUUUGUGUUGAGUGGAGGAAAGGAGGCAUUGUCCUCGAGCCCGGUAAGAAGUAUAAGAUGAGGCAGGAAGGGUGCAUUCGAGAGCUCUGUAUAAGUAACUCGGAUCCUGAAGACAGUGGCUACUACACCUGUGACGCAGGAGACCAGCUCACUACGGCUUCUUUGGCAGUGCAAGUGAAAGAAGUCUUCAUUGUUUGUGGUCUUAAGACCACCGACGUCUUUGUUGGGGAAUGGGCAACCUUCUCCUGCCAGCUGUCUGCUAGGGCACCAGGCCAGGUGCAGUGGUGGCUGGAUGGCACCUUGUUGGAAAACAGCCCUUUUAGUGAGAUAGGGCUGAGCCAGGGCCACAUCUACACACUGACCUUAAAGAGCCUGGCCACAGACGACUCUGGCACUGUCAUGUUCAAAGCUGGCAGUUUAACAUCAAGCUCCAAGCUCUUAGUCAAAGAUCCCACGGUUGAAGUGGUGAGCGAGAUGGAGGACCUUUGUGUGGUCGAAAACCAGCCGGCUGAGUUCAUCUGCCAGUAUUCACGGCCGGUCAGGGCUCAGUGGAAGAAAGACGGGCAGCCAUUGCAGCCUGAUGGCCGAAGGGUGUUGGUGGAGCAGGACUGGAAUGUGGCUCGCUUGUACAUUAGCAGUGUGUCCGCUGGGGACAAGGGCACAUACUCCUGUGAGGCAGAGGGGACCAGUGUGGUAGCUUCACUUCAUGUGGAAGGGAAACCUGUAACUAUUGUUCAGGGCCUGGAGAAUGCAGAAACCUUCGAUGGAGGGGAAACACUAUUCGAGUGUGCUCUGUCUCGUCCCGAGAACAAAGACUGCCACUGGUUUCUCGAUGGCAAACCAGUGAAGGAAUCUCGUAAUGUUGAGAUUGUGUCAUUUGAGAGUGGCCGUCGUCACCUGCUCCUGCUGAAGGAGUUGCACGUUAAAGACAGUUGCACAGUGAUGUUCAAAGCUGGGACAUCAUCCACAUCUGCACAACUCUCUGUCAAGGGAUGGCAGCUUGAUGUUGUGAAGGGUCUGGAAGACAAAGUCGCUGCCGUGGGAGAGAAGGUUGAAUUUUGUGUCGAGCUGACUGAACCCAUCCCCGUGGCCGAAGUAGCCUGGUAUGCUAACGGGGUUGAGCUCAAGCCCAGCGAUCUCUGGGCUAUGAGGGCUGACGGCUGUUCUUAUCGCCUUGUCCUGAGACGUGCACCACUUCUGCCCCAGCAGGAAAUUACAUUUGCUGCUAGAGAUGCGCUCUCUUUGGCCAAGCUCACUAUCAUCACUGUACCCGAUCCCCCGGAGGACCCAGAAGUCCUCAAUAAGACCAAAGAGUGUAUAACCCUCUCUUGGUUCACACCGCUGCAUGAUGGAGGGAGUCCUAUUCUUGGCUACAGAGUGGAGUUGCGGCUGGUAGACAGCGCCCUCUGGCUUCCGUGUCAGCCCGAACCUGUGUGUAACACAGAGUUUUUGGUGGAGAAUCUUAUCCCCGAGAGAGGCUACAGGUUUAGAGUGGCAGCCAUCAACAUAGCUGGGACUGGAGAUUCUGUUGAGCUGCCUCAGACUGUGCAGCUGGAGUCACCUACACCACCACCAACUACUCCAGAGGAACCUACACCGCCACCAACUACUUCAGAUACAGAGGUAAAACAGGAAGAGGCAGAGGCCCUGGGGCAGCCCAAUCUGCCUCCAGAGGCUGCUGAGGAAGGUGAUGUCCAUGAGCUGUGGGAGGCUUCGGCUAAGAAACGUCGCAUGAGUCGAGAGCCCACUUUGGACUCCAUCACUGAACAACCUGAAGAGGAUGGUAAAGGUGGUAAAAAGAAAUCUGACCAGAAGGAUUUUGAGUCCUCAGAGAAAGUGGAAACAACAUCUGUAGAGAAGGAGCAGGCCAUUGUGUCUAAGAAGGAGACAGAGUCCAACUUGGUCAGCAGCUCUGAGGAUCAGUCUCUUUCAGGGGAUGCAACACUUGUGUCCUACCUCAAGACGAGCAGCACAUCUUCUGUCACAGCCGUCAAUGAAGGACAUACAAUGACCACUGAGAGGUUCUUUGCACAUUUCCAGAUGUCAGAUCAGAAAACAGUGCAGCAAACUGAAGUGAAAACAACCACAGCUCAUCAGACAGAUAAUAAACAGGUGACUACAGAGGAGACAGACAUCAUGGAGAUCAGUAAAGAGGAUGAGCCUGAGCUUAGAGAAGCUGCCAUCAAAAUUCAAGCUGCCUUCAAGGGGUACAAGGCCCGUAAGGACAUGCGUCCUGUCUUCAAAGAUGUCUUCAAAGAUCAGACCAAAGAACCAAAUGGCACCAUCCAUCUGGAAUGUGUGGCGGAAGGUAAACCUGAAAAGGUGCGUUGGCUGAAGGAUGGUGAACCACUAACGGAUGGCAAGCACCACCAUAUUGAUAUCUAUAACGACGGCACUUGCUCACUGGUCAUCACUGCCAUCACCACAAAGGAUACAGGAGUUUACACUUGUGAAGUCACCAACAAGUAUGGAGUCAACUCUCAUAGCGGUAAGGUCACAGUGGGGACAGUGAGAGAAUCCUCUGGGAGACGCCCACUGACGGUGGGCUACAGUGCGGACAGUGAGCCUGAGAGCUCCUCGGGCAGUGAGAUGGACGAGUCACUGAGGAAGGCGAGCAGACGUCUCCGCCGCCUGUUGCGCACAUGUCUCCCACCCGAUGUUGAGGAAGAACCAUUUGUCAGUGCGGAUGAGGGAGACCUGCGAGCCCCAGAUCCUCAGUCUUACCGUGAGGAUGAUAAUUACAUCUACAUUCGUUUUGAUUCACGGACAGAGGCUGAGGUCGCCUCUAAGAGGUUCCAGGAGAUGUUUACUAUCCACGGGGUUCCUGUAGAGACAAACAUCCAGGAUGCGGGGCCUCUUAGAGUGGAGUUGAGAAUCAAAAAGGCUGGCUACAUCCAAGAUGGCACACAGACCCCAACACAAGACAGACAACCUCCUGCAUUCAUGGCUGGAGCCCAGGCUGCCCCAGUUUUUCUGACAGAGCUACAAACCCAGGACGUUCCAGAUGGUUAUCCAGUCAGCUUUGACUGUGUUGUGAUUGGCAAGCCUCCUCCAACUGUUCGCUGGUUCAAAGAUGGCAAAGUGCUGGAGGAAAAUGACCAUUACAUGAUAAAUGAAGAUCUGGAGGGCUGCCACCAACUCAUCAUCACCACUGUGCUGCCCACUGAUAUGGGUGUCUAUCGCUGCACAGCUGAAAACAGCAGCGGCCUCGCAGCCACUAAGGCUGAACUGAGGGUUGACAUGUCUUGCAGCUCAGAUUAUGACACUGCUGCUGAUGCCACUGAGACAUCUUCAUAUGUCAGUGCCAAAGGCUACAUGUCCAGGGAAACUGAGACCUUUGAGUCUGUGGCUGAAGAUGAUCAGUUACCACAAGUUGUGGAGGAGCUUCAUGAUGUCCGUGUUUGUCCAGGUUCACCUAUUGCUAAAAUGCAACUUAAAGUAAAAGGCUUCCCAAAACCCAGAUUGUACUGGUUCAAAGAUGGCCACCCUCUGCGGCCCUCAAAUAGGAUCCUGUUACGAACAGACAGAGAUGUUCACGGCCUGGAGAUUCUGGAGGUGAAGAAAGACGAUAUGGGGGAGUACUCGGUUUACAUCACUAAUUCAGCUGGUUCUGCUUACUCCUCCGCCAGACUGAUGGUUCUGGGUCCAGGGGAGAUGAUGCCACUAGAUAAGAAAGAUUCCAAAGAACCUCUGGUGCCACCACGCUUCCUUGAAAGGUUCAGCAACAGGAAGGUGAAACAAGGAGCGAGCAUUACGCUGUCUGUCAAAGUAGAAGGGUCUCCCACGCCCAUGGUCUCCUGGCUAAAGGAGGAGUCAUUGGAGGAUGUCCUGUGGAUUAAGCCUGAUACCAAGGGGUAUAAAAUAGCAGGCUCUGGACGCCAGCACAGCCUCAUCCUGAUGGAUGUGGGCACAGAGUACACUGGCGCCUACACCUGUAUCGCUACAAACAGAGCAGGACAGUCCAUCUGCACGGCCCACCUCGAGGUGGAUGAGACAUCACAACAAAAGAAGGAGAUUAAAGCCUCAGAGGUUCUUGGGAUUACAGUCAGUCCUCCAGAGGGAGAGGCUAGCAGUGGAAACGAGGUAAAAGUACCGUACCUAGGUGAAGUAGGAACAGAGGAAUUCCUUAUGAAACUUACCACCCAGAUCACUGAAAUGGUAUCAGCCAAGAUGACUCAAGACAGCUUACAGAAUCACGAAGUGCUCCAGUGGAUGAAAUCUUGGCCCAAAAAUACCACAUCGUUACGCGUGCCUGGCGGUGACAGUGACGAUGAGACCAAGACUCCAUCUCCGUCACCUCAUCACGGUCGCUCUCGUCCUCCCUCACUCAUCGCUGACUCCUCCUCGGAGUCUGAUGAGGGCGACGCCAGAGGGGAGAUGUUUGAUAUCUACGUGGCAACAGCGGACUAUAACCCCACCAUAGCAAGCAAAGAAUCGAUCUCUCUGAAGGAGGGACAGUACGUUGAGGUUCUGGACUCGGCUCAUCCACUCAAGUGGUUGGUCCGAACCAAACCGACCAAAAUGACACCAUCCCGCCAAGGCUGGGUCUCACCGGCCUACUUGGACAAGAAACUAAAACUCUCAGCUGAUGUGGGUGAACUUCCAGAGACAAGUGCAGAGGAGGUUUCUGAGGGUGAAUACAAGAGGAAAUUAUUCCAACUGAUCCAGGAGAUGAUAAAUGGAGAAUCAGAGUUUGUAAAGGAGGUCGACUUCUUUACCUCCCAUCACAUGAAGCACGCAGACAUCCCUGAUGCACCUCCUGACGUCAACAGCCAAAAGGAAACAAUAUUCAGGAACAUUGAUGAUAUCAAGUCCUUCCACAGCAGGGCGUUUCUCCCGACGCUGAACGACUGUGAGACAGAUGAUGAUGUUGCCAUGUGCUUCCUGAGGAGUAAGGCGGGCUUUGAGCAGUACCUCCAGUAUCUUGUUGGUCAGCCUCAGGCAGAAUCUGCAGUCAGUGACAAGGCUGUCCACCGCUUCUUCAAGGAGUACAGUGAUAAAGAGCAGGCUGGUGCGGACCCUGCAGGUCCCCCUGUACGCAGCAUCAACGCCUACCUGCAACAACCACUGGAGAGGAUUCAGAAGUACAAGGCUUUCCUCAAGGAGCUCAUUCGAAACAAGGCGAGAAAUGGUCAGAACUGCUGCCUCCUGGAAGAAGCGUACGCGAUGGUGUCUGCUCUCCCUCAGCGCUCUGAGAACACCCACCAUGUCACCAUGAUCCAGAACUAUCCUGCCACACUGGAAGUACUUGGAGAGCCAAUUAGACAGGGACCAUUUCAAGUGUGGGAGGGUGCUCCUGGAAUUAGGUCGUCCUCUAGAGGUCACCACCGGCACGUCUUCCUCUUCAAGAACUACUGUAUAAUCUGCAAACCCAAGAGAGACAGCAAUGCUGAUACACAAGCAUAUGUCUUUAAGAACAUGAUGAAGCUGAACAACAUUGAUGUGAAUGAGACGGUGGAGGGUGAUGACAGGGCCUUUGAGAUCUGGCAUGAACGCGAGGACUCAGUGAGGAAGUACACUUUGCAGGCCCGAACUAUCACCAUCAAGAACUCAUGGCUGAGAGACCUCAGGGAACUGCAGCAGCGAUACAGCAUGCCUGCAUGGAGUCCCCCUGACUUUGAUGAAAUUCUGGGAAACUGCACAGCAGAGCUGGGACAGACUGUGAAGCUGGCCUGCAAAGUCACUGGAAUGCCCAAACCUACAGUCACCUGGUACAAGGAUGGACGUGCAGUGGAGGCAGAUCCUCAUCACAUCAUCAUCGAGGACCCUGAUGGUUCCUGCACACUGAUCCUGGACAACAUGACAGCUGAUGAUUCUGGCCAGUACAUGUGCUUUGCCACGAGCUCAGCUGGCAAUGCCAGCACUCUUGGAAAGAUCACAGUUCAGGUACCUCCUCGUUUUGUGAAUAAAAUGAGGAACGCUGUCUUUGUCGCUGGUGAGGACGCGCAGUUCACCUGUGUCAUACAGAGCGCCCCCAACCCCAAGAUCAGGUGGUUCAAAGACAGCCGGCUGCUGACUGACCAGGAAAAGUACCAGACCUACAGUGAGCUCCGUAGUGGAGUGCUGGUUCUGAUAAUAAAGAACCUGACAGAGAGAGACUUGGGACACUACGACUGUGAGCUGUCCAAUCGACUGGGCAGUGCUAAGUGUGCAGCAGAUUUAGUUCUUCCCUCUGCCCUGUCCCGAACUGGUGAACAGGCCAUCACUAUUGAAGUCACUGAGCAGGAAACCAAAAUACCAAAGAAAACCAUCAUCAUCGAGGAGACUAUAACCACCGUGGUGAAGAACCCUCGUAUGAGGAGGCACAGGUCCCCCGGCUUGACUCUUACUGCAGCCCACCGCUCUGAAACCUCCACCCCAGAGCCCCCUGCAGCCAGGCUAAGGAGGGUGCCUACUCCAAGAAAGACCACUAUCCCUACCCUCUACGUCACUGAGCCUGAGGGAGCUGAGGCCAGAGCCAUGGAGAGCAAACCCAGGUGGGUUGAGGUGGAGGAGGUCAUAGAGUACAAGGUCAAUAAAUCUCCCAGGCUGCCCAGGAGGAGAGGCAUCUCACCUGCAGUCUCUGAUCGGGCAGCCGCUUCCUCCAGACCCAAAAGGUCUCAACUGGAAAACCCAAACACCAACAACUCCAAUAACAAGCUGGUGGAGCAGGCGCAGGCCGAGCUGCACGGAGACGUCAGCAUCCAGCCGCUCUCCUGGGAGGAGGUUCAGGGCAACGCUCCCUCUGCGGAGCCACAUGAGCUCUCAUCCGUCCUCAGUCCAGCUGGAGACGACAGCGACGACUUGGACGAUCAGCAAACUGUCAUCUUUGAGCCUGAAGAUGACGAUGACGACCCCAUUCUAUCCAGAGAGCAGGAGCCUCACAUCCUGAAAGCAGGCGAUCGUGUUUUGACCCUAGAGGACUUGGAGGACUAUGUUCCAGAGGAAGGAGAGUCCUACGGCUCCUCCAACGCUCCUGCCGAACAGCCUUGUGAGAUCUCUGUGCUGCAGAGGGAGAUCGGUGGCUCCGCCGUGGGGCAGCCGGUGCUCCUCAACGUGGGCCGACCCGUUGUGCCGAGGCAGAGGAGCAGCUUCUUCAGUCGCUUCAAGGAGCAUCUCCCUGCCAGCAUUUUCUCCUCCUCCUCCUCCUCCGUCCCUCAAGCCAGCGGAACGAGGCCCAGGACCGAGAGGCGCGUCCCCAUCCAAGUGAGCCACGCAAAGCUGGAGGUGCAGCCUUCAUACUGCUCAGAGGUGCAGAGGGUCGAGGGCGGGCAGCAGAGCUUUAAAACCAAAGUAUCAACUCAGACGUACGGAUACACAUCAGUGGGAAACCCAGUCGUUCUUCAAAUUAGAGAUCACCAUUAUCCAAACCAAUAGAGGCAAUAUUUUAAAAUUGGUACCAUGACCCUCUUAGUCUUAAAUGGGGACAUUUCUACUGACCUGAUGGAAAAAAAGCAGAAAAAAGAAGACAUAAAUAUUCACUGCAUUUGACAGACCAUUCCAUUAUGAGGCUUCCCAUCAGAAAAUAGGCUCAUCCUCUGAGUCUUCUCGUCAAACGGUUAGACUGGUCUCUCUCGACCAGGUGAAAAUGAAGGUGUGUCACUGUGAGCAGGUUUCAGUUUCCGUUACAACUGCUACGUGUCAUCGAUGUGUUGUACAACGCACACGAUGGACAGAAGACAAGAAACUACGGUUUGACAUUUUACUGACGAAAAGAUCGUCUGUUGCUGAGAGCGAUUCUGUAAAAUUAAACAUCAUGUUUCUCUCCUGAAAAUCAUGAGUAUUGACCUACUAAUAUUGCCCGAUAUAUAUAGGAUCUUCAUCAACUUUUACCAGUCAUCACUAGUUUCGAUAUUCACUUUGCAGUUUGACUUUUGUACAUUCGCAGUGCCUUGAAUUUCUGGAUCAGCAAACGUUGAGAGUUCUUUACUGUUUAUGAAGUCAUGACUAUGUGUCUUUUUCAGUACUAAUCCAAUUUAAAUACACAACACUGAUUGUGUAACGUUGACAACAGAGCUUUGGUGACUGUUGAGGUCAGAGUUGUCGAAGUCUAAUCAAAGAUGUGCGAUCAGAUCAUGGUCACCGUGGUCAAAUCCGACCGAGGUUCUCCACUUCUUUGGGUGUGAAUGAUAUUACUACAAGAAUCGUUUAUAACAACUUGAUUCGCAUCAGAUCUCUAACCGCGUCUCUUCAGAUAUUUAUGAAUUUAAUGUUGAACUUCGCUUUUUAGACGUUUUUGAUGCAGAGCAACGACCCCGUGAACUCACAGGAUAUCACAGGGACAUUAACAUGUAUGUGAUAGAUAUUUAGAUGAGUGGCUGCAUGUUAUCUGUUUUACCAAAGAGAAAUUGGUUUAUGUAAAGUAACCUGACCCGUCGUAGUCAUAUCUGAUUUCAAGUGAAUGUUUGUGCGUUUGUAUUAGAGCUCACUACCUUGUCGAUGCAAUUUCAAACGUGACUGGAGUAACUGAGGCUUUAGUGAUGUGUGGUGGUGAUGUGGGUUAGAUUCUUGAUGGUUUAUAUUAAAAGGCACUAACACAUUGUAACUGCUUGUACUGUACAUGUGUAGUUUUGGGAAACAGGUGAGUGUUAAAUCUAAGUUAAAUACAUAUACUGAAAAUAAA